AACCAGCAAGGAAACAAGUCCUUUACAUAUUCGGUAACCUGUCCGGAACUAAUGAAAUGGUUAAAAAGCAAGAUUCUUCUUUCGACAACCAAAUACGUGCCGGUUUGUGGAGAGGCGGCCUCUACAGUUUGGGAUUUUGACAUGAAAUAUGCUACUCUCACAUACGACUCAUUGCGUUUUGGAGAGAUCGAAGAUUUCCCAGAGACCACAGAGCCUGUUUGGAUUUUGGGAAAGCAUUUCAGUGCACUAACAGAGAAGGAUGAGAUUCUGGCUGAUGUCACUUCACAUUUGUGGUUCACUUAUAGAAAGAACUUUCAACCAAUCGGUGGCACUGGGCCCACUACAGACACUGGCUGGGGCUGCAUGCUCCGAUGUGGGCAGAUGAUUCUUGGGGAGGCAUUGAUCUGCAGACACUUGGGUAGAGACUGGAGAUGGAGUCCAGGUCAGCGGCAGAGAGCGGAAUAUAUCAGUAUCCUCAAUGCCUUCAUUGACAAGAAGGACAGCUAUUAUUCCAUUCAUCAAAUAGCUCAGAUGGGUGUAAGUGAGGGCAAGUCUAUAGGCCAGUGGUAUGGUCCUAAUACAGUGGCACAGAAAGAUGUGCUGUUGUUUCUGUGCUCAUCCAGGAAACUGGCAAUUUUUGACUCCUGGAGCCGACUGGCAGUUCAUGUAGCUAUGGACAAUACUGUGGUCAUAGAGGAAAUCAAGAGGUUGUGUAUGCCGUGGCUGGACUUUGAUAGGGGAGCGUGUGCAGCUUCUGAAGAGCCUCGGGAGAUGAAUGGAUAUCUGGAGGGGGCUUGUGCUCUUGCAGAGGAAGAGACAGCUCUGUGGAAACCUCUCGUUCUAUUGAUUCCUCUAAGACUGGGCCUUAGUGACAUCAAUGAAGCCUACAUUGAACCACUCAAGCAAUGCUUCAUGAUGCCUCAGUCUUUAGGAGUAAUAGGUGGCAAGCCAAACAGCGCUCACUACUUCAUUGGCUUUGUAGGUGAUGAGUUGAUUUAUCUAGAUCCCCAUACCACUCAGCCAGUUGUGGAACCGAGUGAAGAGGGUCACUUCCCAGACGACUCCUACCACUGCCAGCAUCCUCCCUGCCGAAUGCAUAUCUGUGAGCUUGACCCCUCCAUUGCUGCUGGCUUCUUUUGUCAAACAGAGGAUGAUUUUGAUGACUGGUGUGCACAGAUUCGUAAGGUUUCAAACUGUAGAGGUCUUCCUAUAUUUGAAUUGGUGGACAGCCAGCCAUCUCGUCUAAUUAGUGCCGACAUACUUAGUCUAACUCCAGGUAACAUCUUAUACUAUUCGUUUUCUGUAUAUUCAAAAUGGCCACGUACUUACUGCAAAGUGUUGGGAGUGUCAACCCCUACGUUUCUAUUCCGUGUGUAUACAGGAGUCACUCCCGAAAUUGCGAUGGAUGACAGUGAUAACCAUAGCAAUGUUUUGGCGUCUUGCGCCUAUAAUUGAAACAAGGCAUUUUAAUACCACUGGUAUUAACUAUCGACAGAGGCGCAGUAAAUGUGAAGUUGAUUCUAGAAUGCGGUUGUCACUCUCCUAAAUAACUGAGUGACAACUGUAUAUAGCUGCAGUGUAUAUGUGGCCAAUAAGCUUUAAUGCUUUAUAUAUAUAUAUAUAUAUAUAUAUAUAUAUAUUAGUAUACACUUAUGGUAUAUAUUUUUUCUUAGCCCCUAUAUAAAUUU